AUGACCACCGCCAACCAGACAAGACGACCCCCGCCCGCACCAGACAAGAACAACCGGACCACCCAAGAACAAGACGAGACCAACCAACCACAACCCAGACCUGACACCAGACAACUAACGAGACAGGACCAGCGCCCGCACCCAGACAACGAACGAAAGACCACGCGCCGACAACCCAACAAGACAAACAGACCACGCGCCCGCACACCAGGACAGAACGAACAGACCAGCGCCCGCAACCCAGACAAAACGGAGACGCAGGACCACGCCCGACACACCCAGACAAGAACGAGACAGGACCACGCGCCCGCACACCCAGACAAGAAGAACGGACCACGCGCCCGCACACCCAGACAAGAACGAGACCAGGACCACGCGCCCGCACACCAGACAAGAACGAGACCAGGACCACGCGCCGUGCACACCAGACAGAACGACACAGGACCACAGCCCGAACACCCAGACAACGAACAACCAGACACGCCGCACACCAGACAAGACACGAACCGGACCACGCCCCGCACACCCAGACAAGAACGAGACCGGACCACGCGCCCGCACACCCAGACAAAAACGAGACCGACCACCGCCCCACAACCCAGAACAAGAAGACGACCGGACCACGCGCCCGCAACACCCAGACAAGACAAACAGACCACGGCCCGCACAACCCAGACAAGAACAAACGACGCACCCCGCCCGACACCAGAAGAACCGACAAGACCACGCGCCCGCAACCCAGACAAGAACGAGGACGAGACCACGCGCCCGCACACCCAGACAAGAACGAGACGAGGACCACGCGCCCGCACACCCGAAGAAAGAACGAGGACACGCGACCACGCCCGCAACCCAGACAAGAAAAGACGAGGCCUACCACGCCCCGCACACCCAACAAGAACGAACGAGGACCACGCGCCCGCACACCCAGACAAGAACGAGACGAGGACCACGCGCCCGCACACCCAGACAAGAACGAGACGAGGACCACGCGCCCGCACACCCAGACAAAACGAGACGAGGACCACGCGCCGCACACCCAGACAAGAACGAGACGAGGACCAGCCCCGCACACCCAGACAAGAACGAGACGAGGACCACGCGCCCACACCCAGACAAGAACGAGACGAGGACCACGCGCCCGCACACCCAGACAAGAACGAGACGAGGACCACCCCCCGCACACCACAAGAACAGACAGAGGACCACGCGCCCGCACCCCAGACAAGAAAGAACGAGGACCCGCCCCGCACACCAGACAAGAACAGAGAGGACCACGCGCCCCGCAACACCCAGACAAGGACCGGAGACCAGGACCACGCGCCGCACACCAGGACAAGAACGAACGAGGACACGCCCGCACACCAGACAAGAACGAGACGAGGCACGCGCCCGAAACCCAGACAAGAACGGAGCAGGCCACGCGCCCGCACACCCAGAACAAGAACGAGACGAGGACCACGCGCCCGCACACCAGACAAGAACGAACGAGGACCACGCGCCCGCACACCCAGACAAGAACGAGACCAGGACCGCGCCCGCACACCCAGACAAGAACGAAGAGGACCACGCGCCCGCACACCAGACAAGAACGAGACGAGGACCACGCGCCCGCACACCCAGACAAGAACGAGACGAGGACCACGCGCCCGCACACCCAGACAAGAACGAGACGAGGAACCACGCGCCCGCACACCCAGACAAGAACGAGACGAGGACCACGCGCCCGCACACCCAGACAAGAACGAGACCAGGACCACGCGCCCGCACACCCAGACAAGAACGAGACGAGGACCACGCGCCCGCACAGCCAGACAUAGAACGAACGAGGACCACGCGCCCGCACACCCAGACAAGAACGAGACGAGGACCACGCGCCCGCACACCCAGACAAGAACGAGACGAGGACCACGCGCCCGCACACCAGACAAGAACGAGACGAGGACCACGCGCCCGCACACCCAGACAAGAACGAGACGAGGACCACGCGCCCGCACACCCAGACAAGAACGAGACGAGGACCACGCGCCCGCACACCCAGACAAGAACGAGACGAGGACCACGCGCCCGCACACCCAGACAACAACGAGACCUAGGACCACGCGCCCGCACACCCAGACAAGAACGAAUACAGGACCACGCGCCCGCACACCCAGACAAGAACGAGACGAGGACCACGCGCCCGCACACCCAGGGCAAGAAACGGGGAUCGAGGACCACGCGCCGCACACCCAGAAAAGAACGAGACGAGGACCACGCGCCCGCACACCCGAACAACAACGAGACGAGGACCACGCGCCCACAAGAACGAGAGAGGACCACGCGCCCGCAAAACCAGACAAGAAACGAGACGAGGACCAACGGCCCGCACACCCAGACAAGAACGAGACGAGGACCACGCGCCGCACACCCAGACAAGAACGAGACCGGGGACCACGCGCAGCACACCAAGACAAGAACGAGACAGGAACACGCGCGACACAACCAGACAAAAGACGAGACAGGACACGCGCCCGCAACACCAGACAAGAACGAGACGAGGACAACAGCGCCGCAACAACCAGACAAGAACGAGAAGAGGACCACGCGCCCGCACAACCAGACAAGAACGAAAACGAGGACCACGCGCCCGCACACCCAGACAAGAAAAGAGACGAGGACCACGCGCCCGCACACCCAGACAAGAACGAAACGAGGACCACGCGCCCGCACACCAAAGCAAGAAACGAAACGAGGACCACGCGCCCGCACACCAGACAAGAACGAAACGAGGACCACGCCCACACCGACAAGAAAAACGGGACCACGCGCCGCACACCCAGACAAGAACGAGACGAUGACACGCGCCCGCACACCAGACAAGAACCGAGACUAGGACCACGCGCCGCACACACAGACAAGAAACGAUACAGGACCACGCGCCCCACACCCAGACAAGAACGAGAACAGGACCACGCGCCGACAACAGACAAGAACAGACAGGCCACGCGCCCGACACACAAGAACGAUACAGGACAACGCGACCGCACACCAGACAAUAACGAGACGAGGACCCAACCCAGCACACAACAAGAAAACAAAAACGAGGACCACUCGCGCUCACACCAUACAAUAACUAUACUAUUACCACUCUCCCUCACACCCAUACAAUAA